AUGCUGCUGAACUUUAUUGGCCUUAGACCUAACGCUAAUCAUGCCAGUAACACAUAUCUAAACCUAGCCAUCACACUAAUCAUAACCAUAAGUUUAGUCUUAGGUCUUGCAACUAACCUUAAGACACACAUUGCAGUCCUGGAAACAGCAGUAUUACAGACAGUUGCCAACUUGGAUACUCUUAUCGCUGUAAUAGAAUGUCAGCAACCAGAAGCGGAUUUGUACAGGUUUGUUGGAAGAAUAACAGUGAACCACCAGAUGGAAGAAAUUGUAAGACCACUGGGUCCUGAAAGUCUCUUGCUUCGUGGAGCCAGGUUAAAAAACAAAAAAGAAAUUUUUGGUGUUGCUGUAUAUACAGGUAUGGAAACUAAGAUGGCAUUAAAUUAUAAGAGUAAAUCACAGAAACAAUCAGCAGUAGAGAAGUCCAUGAAUUCCUCUUUGAUCAUUUACCUAAUAAUCCUCCUUUUUAAAGCCAUCCUCAGUACUAUUCUGAAGUAUGCCUGGCAAAUGGAAGACAAAUGGGAUGAACCUUGGUAUAACCAAAAAACAGAGCAUGAAAGAAACAGCAGUAAGAUUCUGAGAUUUAUUUCAGACUUCCUUGCUUUUCUGGUUCGCUACAAUUUAAUCAUCCCAAUUUCACUGUAUGUGACAGUUCAGAUGCAGAAAUUUCUGGGAUCCUUUUUUAUCGGAUGGGAUCUUGAUCUGUAUCAUGAAGAAACAGAUCAGCGAGCUCAAGUCAAUACUUCAGAUCUGAAUGAGGAACUGGGACAGAUGGAAUAUGUGUUUACAGAUAAAACCGGUACAUUAACAGAAAAUGAAAUGCAGUUUUGGGAAUGUUCGAUUAAUGGAAUUAAGUACUAUGAAAUUAAUGGCAGUACUGUACCAGAAGGACAUACAGCAGAUUCUCCAGAUGGAAUCAGACCAAGACUUCUCAAAGAAGAGGAACUCUUCAUGAAAGCAGUCUGUCUCUGUCACAAGGUACAGAUCAGUGUUGACCAAACUGACAGCCUUGGAGAUAAUUCCUGGUUUGCCAAUGGAGUAUCAUCUCAGUUGGACUAUUUUGCUUCCUCCCCAGAUGAAAAGGCUUUAGUUGAAGCAGCUAGGAGAGUUGGUGUUAUAUUUACUGGCACUAGUGGAGAAGCUAUGGAAAUUAAAAGUCUUGGAACACAUGAAAGAUACAAAUUGCUUCAUGUUCUGGAGUUUGAUGCUGAUCAAAGGCAAAUGAGUGGGACUGUAGAGUCCCCUUCCCAUGAAAAGCUUUUGUUCACUAAAGGAGCAGAAUCUGCCAUUCUUCUUUACAGUACAAAGGGAGAAAUAGACAAAACGAGGAUUCAUGUUGAUGAAUUUGCUUUGAGAGGACUGAGAACUCUGUGUGUGGCCUAUAGGCGAUUCACAGCUCAAGAAUAUCUUGAAAUUGAUAAACGCCUAAUGGAAGCCAGAACUGCCUUACAACAGCGAGAACAGAAAUUAGCAGAUGUAUCCAAUUUCAUUGAGAACGAUCUGAAAUUGCUUGGGGCUACAGGAGUGGAAGACAGACUUCAAGAUAAAGUCCAAGAAACUAUUGAAGGCUUGAGAACGGUUGGUAUCAAGAUAUGGGUUCUUAAUGGAGAUAUACACGAAACGGCCAUCAGCGUGAGCUUAUCAUGUGGACAUUUUCACAGAGUCAUGAACAUCUUUGAAUUUACGCAGCAGAAAUCAGACAGUGACUGUGCAGAAAAGCUGAGACAGCUGGCCAAAAGGAUACAAGAGGAUCAUGUGAUUCAGCAUGGACUCGUUGUAGAUGGGACCAGCCUCUCUCUUGCACUCAGGGAACAUGAGAAAUUAUUUAUGGAAGUUUGCAGAAAUUGUUCUGCUGUGUUAUGCUGUCGUAUGGCUCCUCUUCAGAAAGCUAAAGUAGUGCGACUGUUAAAAACUUCUCCAGAGAAACCAAUAACAUUAGCCAUUGGUGAUGGUGCAAAUGAUGUAAGCAUGAUACAAGAGGCACACGUCGGCAUCGGAAUCAUGGGGAAAGAAGGAAGGCAAGCUGUAAGAAACAGUGACUAUGCAAUAGCAAGAUUUAAAUUCCUUUCCAAGUUGCUUUUUGUCCAUGGCCAUUUUUACUAUAUUAGAAUAGCAACCCUUGUACAGUACUUUUUUUAUAAGAAUGUGUGUUUUAUUUCACCGCAGUUUUUACAUUAGUUCUUUUGUUUGUUUUCACAACAAGUCAAACCUGAUUCUGGCGAUAAACAUAAACUCAAACUUAAACACAAUCUUGACUAUAGUCCUAUCCUGAACUCUGAACUUAAACCUAACCCUAACAUUAUCAUUUACCCAAACUUAACACGAAGGAACAUACUAGAUUGUAGGCAUCUUUUCUAUCAAGUAUGUUACGUGGAGCUUAGCAGUUUACGUUUCAUGAAGCUCUCAGCUCUCUUUACCUGCCUGUGGGUUGCCCCUUUAGCAGGAUAUAAGAAAAAACAGUUCAUGCAGAACACCAUAUUCCAAUUAAAGAAAAAGGAUGCUGUGCUGUAUAGUUUAAGACUUUAUCUCAAAACAUCUAAUGUUCAAAUUAACUCCAAAUCCUCAGGGUUGAAUGUCCGAGGGCCUGUGGAGAGGGGAACUUUCAGCUCCAAGAAUGGUGCUCAACUUGUAAAUCUUCUUCAGGGUGACAUACUGCCCUGGCUCUAA